AUAAUAAAAAAAAAAUUUAUUCAUUAGAAAGAAGUAUCUGCAUUGCUUUAUUGUACAUUGUACAUUUUAUACCAAGAAAGAAAUAAUGAUAUAAUACCUUUUUCUUUUUUUUUUUAAUUGUCAUCGUGUAAUAAGAAACAAUACGGAAAUAUUGAGAAACCACAGGUCAAAUAACUGUAUCUCGAAGGUGUCAAAGGAGACGAAAUGAGGGGGAAUGUGCGAAAGUCAAAUAAUAUCACCUACCGAACUACAAGAAUUUUAGUCUGUGUCUUGCAUGAUCAGUACGCGUGACAGUGGAACAAAAUGAGAUUGAUUGCUUUUUUUUUAUAUUCUAUUCUAAUCACAAUCGAAUCAUCAAAAUGUCCAGAAUCAAGGAAACCUCAUUCCACUAGCUGUACCAUAUUUUAUAAUUGCGUGAAUUUGCCUAGUGGUGGUUACGUUUGGAUACCUAGUAAAUGUACCGGAAAUUUGAUAUUUCAGCCGUAUCUGCGAAUGUGUGUUCUGCCUGGUGAUUCCUGGACAUGCGACACACUGUCGACAGAAUCAUCUUUUGUAACAAACAGGUAUGAUAUUCCUGAAUUGAUCGAUCCAAAUGAAACUAGUUAUAUGGGAUCAACGGAAGAUCCAUGGAAUUUUUCUGAAUUUAUUGAUUCGUCAUAUACUACUGACAGCAUUCCUGAUUAUUUUGAUCAAGAUACGGCUACUCCGUACCCUUUAAUUGAAGACAAAGAAACAAUGGAACACAAAUAUAAAUUGAAUGCGGAUGAUGUUUCUGAAAUUAACAAUAUAAAAGAGAGUUAUCUACAAACAGAAGAUAAUAAUAAAAAAUAUUAUUCAAUGUUGAAUCAGUUAAUGCAUCAUCUAUUAAUUUAUAAAAAAAUUACUAUUCCAUUGGAACUUUUAGCAUCAUCAUCAUUACCCGUACCUUCGAAAUCUGUUACAAAUUUACCAUUAUCAAGUUACCUUGUACAAAAUUAUAUUCAACAAAAUAAUAAUUUACAAAAUACUAUUAUAACUGAUGUCAAAUUACAAGAUACGACUGAAAAUAAUGCAACUUUAAAAAAUGAUAUUAAUGAAUUGAUAUCAAACACAGAAAAUUCUAAAAAUUUGACAAUAACUGACGAUGAAAAUAAUAUAAUUUUAAUUAUGGAUAAUAUAGGAAACAAACAAUAUUUAACUAUUGAAAGAUAUAGAUCAUUAGGUUACAAUUUGGAUCCACAAUUUGUUCAAGUUAUUCCAUGUAUAAAAAAUGUUCGGAUGCCAAAUAUGACCAAUUGUAUUAAAUAUUACAUAUGUGAACCUGACAUGGCCUCUGUAAUAGAAUAUUCAUGUCCAUUAUUCACAGCAUUUAAUAAAUAUUCAAAAACAUGCGAUGCAAGCACUUAUAAUAAGUGUAAUGAAAAUGAAAAUAAUAAAGAAAAUAUAAAUUUGUUAGGAAAUGUAAAUAAUAUAUUUCAAACAAAUAAAAAUAUAUGUACAGAAAAUGGAAAAACAAAAGAUCCUACAUCUGAAUCUCAUUACUAUAUUUGUUAUUCAUCUUCAGAAAAUGCAGAAGAUAUCAAAUCUGUACGAAUGUCAUGUCCAAAUGGCUUAAUAUUUUGUCAAAUUAGGAAAGUUUGUACAACGAAACGUCUCUGCAAAAUAUCAUAAAAAAUAUUUUUUUU